GAUAAAACAAAGGAGCUUUAUUGGGAGCAGUUUCAGAGGUUAGUUACAUGGGAUACCACGAAAUUCAGUGUCAAAAAAAUAAAAGAAGGUUAUGAAAGUUAUUUGAAGGAACAAGGCUACUCCAAGAUUAUGAGACGAAUAAGGAAGCGUCGCCCUGCCACUGUGAAUAAUUUUACUUGGUCAGUCGUUAAAGAGUUUCAGCGGUCAAAACAGUUUCUCAUAGCUUCAAAGUCUGGGAAAAAGAAUCGUGAAAUAGGCGGCGAUAGAUGUAAGCAACACGGAGGAUCACAAUCUGCCGUUGAUUUGGCUACACAAGAGGUUAU